GACGAGUCCCUCCGCGCCGAGACCUUCGUCAUCCUCUUCAACCGCGUCGCCGACAUGCACAACGAGAAGAUCUUCCGCGUGCGCUUCGAGGGGGAGGUGGGCAGCUUGAGGAAUCGCCUUGGGUACGCCACCUACUUCCCGUUCGUGCAGCCAGAGCAGUCCCACGCGCGGCUCGACUUUGCCUACCACGACCAAAGGCUUGCGGCCCACUUCCUUGUCUACCUCCAUUUUCGGGAGAGAAUCACGAACAUCCAGAAGCCGUCCUACGUCGUGGAUGGCGUGCAGCGUGAGGAGCUCAAGAAGGGGAUCCCGAAGACUUGGGAGACCUUCAGCCGCAUGCCCGAGUCGGGCAUCUUCACCUGCUCGUACAAGUGCGCCGAGAAGCACCGGAACUUCAAGCUCCGCAAGGAGUUUUUGAACAGGUAUGGCGGGUGGCACGCGUCGAUAUCCUCCGCCGACGUGAUGUGGUGGGUGUCCCUUGCGGACGACGCGCCAGAGCCCGUGGUUCACUUCAUCGAGUUUCUCAACGUGAACUUCGACAACAUCCACGUGCCCCUAAGGGACAUGGACUGCCUCGCGCAAGAUGGAUCGCUCAGCGUCUCGGAGUUCGCCCAGGGCUUCGAGAACAUCGGGUACCAUGUCGGCGGGAAGGACCGACCGGGCCGAAGCCAUCUUCAGUUUCCUCGACAUGGGCGAGCAGAGGGAGCUGCAGGUGGCGGACACGAUCUCCUUGCUGAUAUGCGCCUACAACGAGGUGAAGAUGAGCAUCCGUGA